UGAAUACCAACAUGGUGGCAAUGUGCUACACAGUUUGAAAAUGCAGGUCGUGUCAUGCUUUGAAAAAAAUCAUUUUAUACUCGAAUUUGGUGGAAAAUGUCGGACCCUAAACGUGCUACUCUUAUAACAGUGGGUGCUCCAAAAAGUGCAAAGAAUAAUGUGAACAAAACAGUGAGAUUAACUAUAAAUUUGGAUGAAAGCAACGAAAGUAAAUAUCCGGAGCUGAAUUACAAGGAACUAGUCAUUGCAGAAGAGAGGAAGAAGAGAGUAGAGAGAGAAAAUGGUAAGACAGCAGGGCUGGACCCAUUCUCAGAGAACAAUGAUGAUGUGGAACGCAUUGCCAGGAAGUUUGAACAGAAAUAUGGCGGAAAGAGCACAUAUGGCCGCAAGGGCAGGUCGAAACAUGACGAUUUUGCGGAUAUUGGCGCUGGCUACGAUGAAAAUGAUUCCUUCAUCGACAACACACAUGGGUACGAUGAGAUGAUCCCUCCGGAGUGCGACACGCUACACGGCGGGUUUUACAUCAACUGCGGAUCUCUGGAGUUCAAGAGUGUGCCUGAGAAUCAGUCUGCUACAUCUGAUGCUGAACCCGGCAGGAGAAAUAAGAGGCGUAUCUCAUCGAGCAGUAGUGAGGAAGAGUCAUCAGAAAGCUCCUCCGAGUCCAGUCAGGAUGUAAAGGAUCCCAAAGCCAUCGCCAACGGUGAUGUGGAUUCACACAAUACUGAACAUCGGAAGAAGAAAAAUAAGAAGAUUGAAAAGAAGAAAGCUAAGAAAGUGCGGCGCACUGACUCUUCAGCUGCUACAUCUGGGAAGCAAACUUCUGAUGACAACGCUCACGGCGAGGGCGAGAGUGCAGACUCGCGCACAUCGCAGUCAGACUCAACGUCUAAACCUGCGCCCAGUUCCGAAAACGCUAUCACUUCUGACAGCUCCAGGGACACAGAAAUGAAAGUGGAAGCGAAACUGCCGGCUCCUGUGGCAGCAGCUUUAGAGUCUCUCGAGAGCUUCGUCAGUCGGACACUCGCGCAGAACCCCGCCACUUCACGGAAACAGCUCAUGGCACUUUCAGAACAGUUUGUUGUCAGACUAUCUUCCGCGCUGUCGGGCAGUACUACAAGCGUAAGCAGUGCGUCGUGGUCGCGGGCGGCGGCGGCGCUGGGUACUUCUCGCGCUAAGUUGCAGCAUCGACACACACAGCCUACUACAACAACGUCAACAACAACAAUUGCUCAACAAACGACAGCGACAGCCAACACUGCCAACUCAACAUCUACAUCAACGGUUGCGUCAUCAACAUCAACAGUUGCGUCAACAACACAGCGUAACGUCAAACGUAAAGUUGAUGAUGACUUAGAAAAUUUUGAUCCUAACACACUCACCUUUGAACAGAGGGAGGCUAUGAUUGUUGAGACUUUACUUAGGUUAAAAGCAUUAAUAGAUGAGCGUACCCCAGCUAUGAUAGCUAACUAUAAUGCCGAGUGUGAACGAGUACAAGAAGAGAGGAAGAAGAUCCAGAUAGCGUCGGCAGCGGAGGGAGCGCCGCACGUGGAGAAGCGCCUCCCCAAGCGACGCUUCCCCUGGUGCGCGCGCAGCCGCGCGCUGCUCGCCGCGGCCGCCAGGUUGGCAGGCGCGGGGGCCCCGGCAGCCCGCCUUCUCCACGCGCGGGUGCUGCCGCUGUUCCCCGCGGGCUUUGUCCGUAUGCCUACACUGCUCAGGCAGGCCGAUCUCAGCAAAGAAAUCAAAGUAUCAGACUUGAAACGUCAACGCCUCGGCUCAGCAUCGCAACCACCAACACAGCGGCCCGAGCCUGCACCACCCAGGAUCGAACCCCAACCACAGCGCAGCGAGACCCUCCCUUCAACCACUUUCACGGAACCCAUCACGUUCCCAAGCUCACUCACCGUCACCACUACCACCAGCAAACCAUCACCAGAUAAAACUGAAACUGAAGAACCAAAAGUCAACAAAAAUUCAGUCUUUGGCAAUAUUAUGAACACCUUUUCAAUCAGCAAAGAUUUAAUCGUAGAGAAACCAGAUAAAAAAGACACAGAGAAGAAAGAAGAACUAUACAUUCCUCCUAACAAUAUUGGCAGCAUCACUAUUACACCAGUACCCAAUAACCCUCCUAAACCUGAGAAAAAACUUAAUAAUAAUGUUCAAGCAACGGAUAAACACUCAGGCUUCAUAAGGGUAAAGUCACCAGCAGCAUUGAACGAAAUGGUUAAAAAGGACAAGAGUAAGAAAUCAGAGAAGAGUCAAAUCAAAGAAAAGAGAGUAGCUUCCCCAUUACACGUAGACACCAGUUACCAGCCAAGCAAAAAAGACCCCAGUCCAAAGUUAAAGGAAGAAAUUCCUCAAAAGCAGAUUGAAAGCAUGAGGGUCUCGGAAAACAACAUCCCAAGACCAGCCCUAGUUCCUGUACACCACUCCCCAACGUUUGCAAAACCUGAUAAAAGACCACCAGAGGUCAAAAAGAAAAAAGAUGUUGUUAUAAUAUCAGAUGUGGAUCCUUUAAGUGAGCAAGAACCGUUAGCAGUUGACGAUAGUAGCAGUGACGUUGAGUUAGUGGAAGACAAUAGGACUGAAAAAAGUGAUAAAAGUGAGAAACGUGAUAAAAGUGAGACAGUGCCUUCCAACCGUGUGAACUGUGACGCGAACAAAAAACUCAGUAAUAGCAAUUGUAGGAAGGAUAAGGAAGUGCGCAAGAGUGACAGUGAAGAGCCUACUAAUGAUGAAAUUGAUACAAUUAUGAGAAAUAUUAGGGAGAUGGAGCAUUCUCAAGAACCUACAAAGUUCAACAGUAAUUCGUAUGGAGGAGUUAUAACAAACGCGAAACACUCGCGGUGCUCGAGCCAGCCCGCCUUCCCCCGCGCCGCCUACGACAACGCCUCCGACUCCGACAAGCUUACAGAACGCACUUCUUUGAACAAAAUGGAUGGAUGUAAUGCCAUCACAGGAUGAUGCGUCGACGCUGUUGAAAUCACAAGGAUGUUGUAAUAGUUACAUGAAGAUACUAUAUAUCUCAGCCGAACUAGCCACUAACCGGUAUCUCAAUUUAUACUGUACACGCGGUCUUUUCGACUCGGUAGGUCGUGUUGCCUUGGUCAUUUAUUUGUGUUACUUACUAUUUCGUUCAGUUUCACUCGGAAAUAUUACUCGUAUCAGGAUAUAAUAUGUAUCUAUGUUAUUGUGCCUGUUUUAAUCAGGGGCUCGAAACUGCAAAAUUUUUAAGCGACAUAC